AUGAUUACCGGGCAGCUGGGCAAACCGGCGCUCGCCCUGCCGCCGGAGAUGAGCGACGCGGACCCGCGGGGGGCGGGGGGGGACCACCACCACUACGACGACGACGACGUCGCCGGCGACGACGGCGGGCCGGACACCCCCGACAGCGAGCGGAGCGAGCCCCGGCCCCCGGAGCCCGAGGACAGCGACGGCGGCGAGGACCGCGACCGCCACCGCCACCGCCCCGCCAAACCCCGCGGGAUCCAAGGAAACUUGUCACAACGAGAGAGACCUGACACACCUACAGAACAGAACCAGCUCAAGCAUUCCUACCCCUCCUUUGCAAUAGGACCCCAGCACUUGCUGUCCGCCCAGCAGCUGGCUUCAGCUGUGGCGGGGGUGGUGCCCGGGGCCCCCCCGUGCCUGAACCAGCCCGUGCUCCUCCCCUUCAACAUGGCCGGGCAGCUGAGCGGGCAGCAGGGCCUGCUGCUCACCAUGCCCAGCACCAGCCUGGCCAACCUCCAGGGGCUGAUGGCGGCAGCGGCGGCCGGCGGCAUCAUGACCUUACCGCUACAGAACCUGCAAGCUACCUCAUCCCUGAACUCACACCUCCAGCACAUGCAGAAACUACAGCAGCUCCAGCACCAGCACCAACAGCAACAUCAGCGGCAGCAGCACCAACAGCACCUACAGCAACAGCAACAGCAGCAGCAGCAGCGACUGCAAUACCAGCAUCAUCUGCAGCAACAGAAACACCUGCAGCAACAUCAGCACCAAGGACAGCAACAGCAACAUCACGUACAACGCCAUCAGCAACACCAAGGACUGCAACAGCACCUUCAUCAGCAACAGCACCAAGGACAGCAACACCAACAUCACCUACAGCAUCAACACCAAAGACAGCAGCACCAACAACAUCUACCACAGCAACAGCAACGCCAACAACAUCUACCACAGCAACAGCAACAUCAACGACAUCUACCACAGCAACAGCAACACCAAGGACAGCAACAGCCACAGCACCUACCACAGCAACAGCAAGGACAGCCACACCAGUCCCUCGAUCAGCAUCAUCCCAUACAGCCGCAGCUCACCCCACCUGACCAGCAGCGGUCGCCUUCAUCCUCUUCCUCCUCCUUAUCUUCAUCACAAGAGCUCAGAAAGCCUUCGCCAUCCCAUCCCGGUUACACCUCGCCUCACCACAGACAGACCUACUCUCCCACAUGCGGCCUGACCACACCCCUUACGCCCCCCUCACCUCUCCAGCUGAACUCUCUGUCCAAUCAGACGGCAGCGGCGGCAGCUGCAGCCAUUGGCUCCCUUGGUGUAACACAGCCUUUUGGCGCCACCAUCCCAGGCCUGCAAGGUGUAGGCGCACAGCUGGUCACCAACGCGCAAGGACAGAUUAUUGGAACAAUCCCACUGAUUCCAAACUCCGCAGGUCCCCCAAACCAGGCAGGGGGCGGAGCAUCAGGGCUACCAGUGCAGCCAAUCACGCCUCAGCUCCUGACCAAUGCCCAAGGUCAGAUUAUCGCCACCGUCAUCGGCAACCAGAUCCUGCCCGUCAUCAACACCCAGGGAAUCACACUUUCCCCCGUGAAGCCAGGACAGCAGGUCCAGCAAGGACAGGUGGGCCCCGUGACUGUCAGCCUCCAUCAGCGACCACACGGCCAGGCCUCGGUUUCCCAGAGUCCCGUUCACCAGGCCUCCUCCGCCUCCAGCUCCCCCUCCUCCUCCGCCGCCCUCAGCGUGGGGCAGCUGGUCAACAACCCCACGGGGGGCCCCGGAGAGGUGGAGGGGGUCAACCUGGACGAGAUCCGCGAAUUCGCCAAAGCCUUCAAGAUCCGCCGCCUGUCCCUGGGGCUGACUCAGACUCAGGUCGGCCAGGCCCUCAGCGCCGCCGAGGGUCCAGCCUACAGCCAGUCUGCCAUCUGCAGACACACCAUCCUGAGAGGCCACUUCCUCCUGCCGCAGGAAGCCCAGGAGGGCGGCGUAGCUAGCGGGCUGUCUGCCAAACUGAACCCUGGCCUUUUAUACCCCGCCAGGUUCGAGAAGCUGGACAUCACGCCAAAGAGCGCCCAGAAGAUUAAGCCCGUGCUGGAGCGCUGGAUGGCGGAGGCCGAGGCCCGCCACCGCGCGGGGGCGUGCGGCCUGUCCGACUUUAUCGCCGGCGAGCCCUCCAAAAAGCGCAAGAGGCGCACCUCCUUCACCCCGCAGGCGCUGGAGGUCCUCAACGGCCACUUCGAGCGGAACACGCACCCCUCGGGCCAGGAGAUGACCGCGAUCGCCGAGGCGCUGGGCUACGACCGCGAGGUGGUGCGCGUCUGGUUCUGCAACAAGCGGCAGGCGCUCAAGAACACCGUGAAGCGGCUGAAGCCGGCCGAGCUCGACUCCGCCGUCGCCGCGGAGACCCUCGCGGACGCCCUCCUGGGCCCGCUGGACGAACGCCCCUAAAGAUUUUGACGCUUUAGUUUUUGUUUCUUAAACUGAACGACGACAAAAAAAAAACUAAAACUAAAACAAAUUAAAAAAAAAGAUUUUUCGUCGGAUUGAUUCCGGCAAGUCAAAGCGCUCGAUGUCAAGCCUGAGAAUCAUUUGUGGACUCGCCGCUGGACAGGAUUGGACGAUCAAUCAUACCGGCUACAGGAGCAACAAACUGAAAUAAUCACAGGGUGUAAAUGUAGUUAUUCCAGCCAGUCAGCUGAGAAAGCUGGCAAAAAAACAACCAAAUAUAACGGAAAAUGGAAACCAAAUAUGAAAUAAUAAAAACACUUGUAAAUAAAAAAUAAAAUAAAAUAAAAAAAAGUGUUAAGAUGUCCAUAAACUGGUUGAUAAUCUGCUUUAAAUGCAGUUCUUAUAGAUUUGCUAUGAGAACAAAUGGAGCUGGGAAAUGAACGUUUUUGGUCCCUCGCUUUUACUACCAAAAUCAAAGAGAAAUGUAUGAAGGGGGAAAAACCAAAAUAGUCUUCUGACCAAAGUCUGAGUUUGUGCAUCUGAUCCUUGGCAAGUACACAUCUUUGUUUUUGUACAGUAAAUAUGCUAAUUUUUUACAUUUAUAUUGACAUUGUAUAAAUCUGUAAGGUUGUGGGGAUGCUCCCACAGUUUAGCUUUCUCACUUGUGUGUCUUGCUUGUGACCAUGUUUCGCGUUUUAUUUUUACAUGAGUGCAGUUCUGUCCACCGAAGACCCCAAAUUGAAAUGCCUGUUAUAGGCACAUUGUUUUAAACAGGGCAUUUUAUGUAUUUUUCCUUGCUUAAACAAGAUUUAGGCAACAUCAUAAAACAGAACAUUCAUCAGUUGCAAGAGUUACACAAUGGCGUUUUUUUUUUUUUUUUUUUUUCUCGACCAAACCACGGCAAAAUGAUUAAUAUUGUACCUGCUUCUCCGUUUCUGUCGCUGUCACUGUGUUCCUUUUCAUUUGAAACACUGGUUUAAAAGUAUAUAUUUAUAUGUCUUUCAUUUAUUUUUUUUAUUUUUGAUAAAAUUGUCUAUGUAUGAGAGGAGGGAUGGAUAGGGGCCUUGUUCUGUUAGCCAUAAAGAAUUCUGCAAGGUUAAUCUUCAAGGAUGACUAUCCCUGUGCUGUAGCAUGGGGUGAUGUCAUUCUGUUGCUACUGACGCUCAGCCAAAGAACCCAUUCAUGGGUCCAAGGGCUUGUGAAGCUGUUCCCCAAAGCCAGUAACAUCACAAAUGUUUAUUUCAUUGUUUUAAUGAUGCGUUCAACUGCUUUGUAUUUCUAUAUCUUGAUACAGUGUACAGAAGGUAUGUACAAAAGAAAUGUAUGUAAACAUAAUUCAGUGUUGUGUUACACUUUUUUAAAUUCCAUUUUGAUAAAGGUGGCUAAGUUGGUAAAGGUUCACGUCAUGACUGUAUGGCCUGGAUGUCACAUUAACCGUGCUAUAUUAACACUUCCCACAAUGCACCAGAUACCCAUUGGCUACCAGUCGUCAGUGAGAAAUACACCUGUCCUCCAAUCAGAAUCUCCUUUAGAGCUGCAUUGGGUAAAAUGGUUAGUGGCUCAUGGGAAAGUGCGUGGGAGGAGUGCAGGGCUGUGUUCGAAUAAGCACACUUGUCUACUAUUAAGUAUAGUUAUUGAGUACACUUAAUGAGAAAGUAGGAGACUUUUUUAUCAAAACGUAGUGUACUUAAAAUCCCGGGAUGAUAUACUCAUUUCACUGAUAAUAUUUGGUAGCAUAUUUUUCAGGAAAUAAACGACCAUUGUGGUACCCUAAAUAUGAUGCGCAGUGUUCUUUUUUUUAUUAGUUGCAGCUUCACUGACAUUUUCCUUCAAACAACAAUGACACGUGAGCGCGGCAUUUAAAUGCCAACUACAAGGGUGGGUGUCUGACGACACUUCCACAGUACAGUUGGAAAAUAGUAUGUAGGAUAUUUUUCGCAUACUGCAUGUUGCGUACUAAACGGUAUGAAACUCUGCAGGACCACUGGUGUGCGUUGAAGUUCUACAGUGAAGUGAGAGGCACAGUUAGAGAUUCCAAAUCAGGCAGAAACUAUUUUAAGGAUACAUUUGAUAGAAAUGCAGAACAUAACCUCACAAAAUAUUUGAUUUGUGAAAGUCCUUUUUUUUUAUUUUUAAUUGCCAACUUUUAUGAAACAGCUUCAACCAAAAGAACAUCCAGCAGAUCCCGAUUGCAGAAAGUUUGUAUGUGUCCUUGAAAAAACUGUUUUGAAAAGACCAGCCAAAGUAAGAGUGGUGGGUGGAGCUUUUUCCUGGAAAACACCAACUUCCUGCAAUCAAUCAAGAGACUUUGCUCUCCACUGCAAAGUCUCAGAUUGGUGGGUCAUUGUUUUUGUGUUAUGUGUUUUAUUUACAACUUUCUCGCUUGUGAUAUCAAGUCAACCUCCACCUACACAGUGCCGAUCAGGACAAUUGUUCUGCAGACUGACCCCGUCAUUCUACUUGUUUUUUAUGACAGCAAUUCAAUUCAUCAAGAUUAGGAACUGUUUUUUUCUUCUUGCUGUUAAUUGGCAUCAGUCAGAAUUCUUGAAUGCAAUCUGUGAAAUGAAGCUUGUCUAAUUGGUGGUUAGCUGAAGAGACCAAUGGUUUCUGACUCCGAAUCUCCAUUGCUGUGCAUGCAUUUGGAGGGCCUGAGGGCUUUGUAACUGUACAAUGGAUGGGUGAUUACAAUAACAGCAAUAAUAGCAUUUCAUUCCUGAUCCACCCUACUGCUAAGCUUUCUGCAUUGACAGUUGACUGUCUUGUCAUGCACUGACAUUGAUGAAUAAAACUUUCAAAAUAAGAUAAGUCAUCUGUAUCUUUUGAGUUAAUGACAGUUACAAUAUACUGUCCACUUCUGUCUAGUGAUAAAACAAGCCUUGGCAGGCCAUUUAAAUCACUUAAAUCAUUUAAAUCCAAAGAUGAAUGAAAAGAAAUAUUAAAAUAUGUAUUAAGAAAUACACAAGCAAACAAUAUACCACCAAAAGCAUAAACUUCAAUUCUAACAGUUAUGGGGUCCUGUACACUUGAACAAAUGCAUUUUCUCUCAGCUUUGGACAAAUACCUCUCGG